CCCAGAUCUCGCGGUGUGGACCCCGCUGGGCCGCGGCGGAGGAAGGCGGGAGGGGGCUUCCUGCGCUCGGGGAGCGCGGGCCCCCGGGGUGGUGGAGCGCUUCGCGUUCGGCGCGGCCGGUGGGGGCGACGCGGUCGCGAGUGGGAGGGAGAGUCCGCACCGGAGAGGUGGAAGAGGACGGGAUUUAGGCUGGAAGCGCCUUAGCGGAGCCAUUUCCAGUAUAGGAUGGCUGGUUUGGUUUUGUGUGAACCAACAGAACUUUACAACAUCUUGAAUCAGGUCACAAAACUUUCCCGAUUGACUGAACCCAACUAUCUCUGCUUAUUGGCAAUGAAUGAGAAUUCUUGUUGCUCCACCCUCACCAGCAUUUGGUGUUGACCAUGUCUUGGAUUUUUGACAUUCAAAUAGAUGUGCGUUCCAAACAGGAGUAUGAUGAAAGCCAUGUGAUUACAGCCCGUCGAGUGAAGAAGAAGGAAAAUGAGUAUCUUAUCCCGGAGUCUGUGGAUCUGGAGUGUGUGAAAUACUGUGUGGUAUAUGAUAAUAACACCAGCACCCUGGAGAUAAUCUUAAGAGAGCAGGACGAGGAUGACAACUCUGAUGAUAGCAGACAAGAACUGGUGCCUGGAGCUGCUGUGGCAUGUGGCAGAGCCCUGGCCCAACUCACUCACCACCCUGUCUGCAUCCUAAAAGGAGGCUAUGAGUGCUUCUCGGCCAUGUACCACUUCUUUCGGACACAGAAGAUCAUCUGGAUGCCACAGGAACUGGAUGCCUUUCAGCCCUACCCUGCUGAAAUAAUGCCAGGCAAGAUCUACCUGGGCAAUUUCAGGCAAGCCUGCGACCCGAAAAUUCAGAAGGAUUUGAAAAUCAAAGCACAUGUCAAUAUCUCCAUGGAGACAGGGCCAUUUUUCAUAAACGAUGAUGACAACCUUCUACACAUCAAGAUAGAAGAUUCCCUGGAAGCCAACAUUUUCCCCUUUUUACGGCACCUCUGUCACUUCCUGGAAAUUCAUCUCCAGCUAGGCUCGGUCAUCCUGGUCUUUUCCACACUGGGCAUCAGUCGCAGCUGUGCAGCCAUCUUGGCCUUCCUCAUACACUGGAAUGAGCAGACCUUGAAGAAGUCCUGGGCCUUUGUCAAGAAGUGUAAAAACAACAUGCGUCCAAAUCGGAGCUUGGUGGCUCAGCUGUCAGAAUGGGAGAAGGUGAUCCUCGGAGAUUUUGUCACAGACAUCUUGGAUCCACUCUACUGAUCUUCUCUGUGGUCCAGCUAUGGGUCCUGAAGAACCUUGUGGGGGUGGGGUGGGGGUGGCGCUCUUGUGGGUAGUGGGCCAGGCUGUGUAACCAGGUUGGUGUGGAAAGAGAAGGCCUUUGCUGCCUGGAGUCUCGUGUCA